UUUCUCUCAACCCGCCUUAAUCGUUCGUCGGGUCUUGCAGUUCAAAGCCUCGCGAUGUUGGCUUUCCUCGCUCCCGUCUUGCUCCUCCUGCAGGGCGCGCUGUCUGCGCCCGUGGCUAAUGCGGCUGCGGCGACUGUGGGCAAGAUUCGCGGCGUGAGGGAUCCGAUCUAUCAUCUUUAUCUGCAAGCGAAUCCGAAGAAUGCAUCAAUCCCCGUCCUCGGCCCGGAAAGCAGCGCAGAUGAAUUCACGAUCGGCGGCACGAUCCAGUCCAAGAAGACGAGCCAGUUCCUGAACAUCCAGACCGCGUCGACGAGCUACAAGCCGGUGGUCUGGGGCGCGACGGGGGACACGACGGCGUGGGGGCUGGAGGGCGAUACGAUUAUUACAGUGCAGGGGAGUAGUUAUGGGAGGCAACUGAAUUUCCUCGUUUGCGCGUCGACACAGAGCGGAUACUACGAUCUAUUCCUUCAGACGGGAUCGGAUCAGCCGAGCGGAAAGAGCUGCAGCAAUUACCAGACGAUACAUCUGCCAUGCUUGUGCUAG